GCUGUUAGUUUUUUGUACUAUUUUUGUAUUUGUUUAUAUUUUACAGCUUAUGCCCUGAAAUGCAACGAAUGUUUGUCUAUGAAAAGCUGGGAUGCUUGCAAAAACAUGACAACAGAGGCAACCUGUGAGGACGGCUGGGAUCGUUGUCUCACAGAAGAAGUAAAAUCUGAGAGCCCAGACAAGACAGUUAAACUCUUUCUCAAAGGAUGCGCCCCUUCAUCGCUAUGCAGCCUGGGCUCAAAGAACUGCAGACCGACCGAAUCCUCAGCGAAAAUCACCAAAUGCGAAGUCGACUGUUGUAAAGGUGACCUGUGCAAUGGAGCCCAAGUACCAAUGGUCAGCGCCAUCAUGCUUUUGGCAUGCGCUAUGGUAGCUUUUGCUCGUUAG